UAGACAGAAACAGUAGCAGACCCAGCUGAAGAAAUGUGAGGAAGAGCACAGGUAUAUAACCGUACGGCCACAUCACAGAGGCGCCGGGGAGAGGGCAGCCAGAGCGAGCAGGAUUGCAUUGCAGGAAGGAUGGCGCUGGCAGGGCGGCUCCACCGGCCCAAGGCAAAGAGCUUCUGGAUCCUGGUGCGGCGCCUGCUCCUCCGCAGCAGGAGCCGCAGGCCGCCGCCGGCGGGAGGCGCGGCGGAGGACCGGAGGGAGGAGAAGAGCGGCCUCCUCCUCAGCAGGAGCUCUUCCCUGGAGCAGCUCCUGGUCACGGAUGCCGGCGCUCCCGGGGAUGGAGACGCUUGCGCCAAGAAGCACGGCCAGGCGGUGGCGGUGCUGGCGCGGCCGGAGGCAGCGGCGGCUGCAGCGGCAGGCGGAGGCCGUGACGGCGCGGCCGCGCACCGGCGGUUCGCGUUCGGCGGGUUCCGGCGGCGGCUGCUCAUGAGGCGGCCGUGGCGCCCGGUGCUCGUCGCCAUCCCGGAGUGAUCAUCGAUCGGCGGACCGUUAAUCGGAAGCACAGUUGCGUGGGAUUCGAUCGAGUGCGUCUGUCGGAUCAAACUACCUGCGGCGGAAUCCGCGCGCUCCACUCCUUCUCAGAUGCGCUUGUACAGUUGUGCCUGUAACGACUUUGCGUGAUGCUUUGGUUCAUCUUUGUUCGUUCCUGCCUCCACCGAUCUGCGAACUCUAACGAACUGUCUGGUUUUCUUCUUUCGAAUAUAAUGCAACUUGUACAUGAACUCGAACGAGAUUUUUGAUUCAGAGGAAUUUAGUUAGGCUCUAUGAAUUAUGAUCUGCAGUUACCUA